UUUUCCUCUCUGCAACUCUUAUCUCUUGUGAAUUAGUGCAUGUCACUGUAGGUUGAGUGAUCACUCUUCAAUGUGUCAAGUUUGAUUGUUAAGAACUUUAAGAGUGACAGUAGUUGUUUAGGAAGUGAAAGUUGAGUGAUUAGUUAAAAAUCUUAUUAUAUAAAAAUUAGGAAAGGGGAAAAAGCAGAAAAGGGGUUCAAAUUCAAUUAGAAGUUGUGGUGAUACUGAUACUAGUUUUUCAAAUUGUGAUCUUAAACAUCAUGGAAAGAUUCCAAGAGAGAAUCGACCCUGUGAUACUUGUGGGGAUGCUGGCAAUUCAAGCCUUCUAGAAACUUGUUUCAUUUGCAAGGUUUCUAAAGAGCAUAUCUAUUGCAUGGGCUUUGGAAGGAAGAUGCCUGAACGUCCAGAAAAAUGGUCUUGUGCAGCAUGUUCUAAGAGUGAAAUCAUGACCAGUGUGCAACUUCCGCGUAAAACAUCAGAAAAUCCUCAAACAAAGUUAGGUUCGCGUCUCAUUUCUGCUGCACGUUCAUCGCGUUCAUCAAGAGAUUAUAUAAAGGAGGUUCAAACAGGAAAGGUAAAAUACCUUGAUGUUGCAGAUGCCGUUAAGCUAUCAAGCGGAGAGGCAGCUGGUAUGGCCAGGAUGGGCUCACAGACUGGUUCUUCUAGAAACCUGAGUCAUAUAACCUCAAGAAAAUAUCCUGCUUCUGUGUCUGAAGCAUCGAAGAGGUUUUCCACAAGUCCCUCACAACAUACAUCACCUCCUGGAUAUUUUAGCUUUUCAGUGCCUACUAGGGGACAACCUAGCAUAAAACAGACACAAGUUACUAAUACUUCUCUACACUCACAUGCGGGGAAACUGAAAGUGAGAGAUUCUGAUGCCGAGUCUGAAACGUUGAAGAGGUUUUCCACAAGUCCGUUACCCUCACAACAUACAUCACCUCCUGGAUAUUUUUGUUUUUCAGUACCUACUAGGGGUCAACCUAGCAUUAAACAGCCACAAGUUAUUAAGACUUCCUUACACUCACAUGCGGGGAAACCUAAAAUGAGAGAUUCUGAUGCCAAAACACAUCGUUCUCCAUCAAAUUGGUCCCGACCUAUCGAAAGUGUUGCAAAUGAUAAGCAUAAAGUGACAGAAUUGUCAAGAAAAAACAAGCCAGGCACUGAGGUUGUUAAGCCACCAGUUAAAAAGUAUGUUCUACAGGAGGAGAAAUUUCACGCAUCUCCCCCACCUGCUAAACCAGUUGGAAGCUCAAAGCAUGUAAAUUCACCAUCUCAAGAGUUUGUUCUACGGGAAGAGGAAUCAUUUCACGUAUCUCCCCCACCUGCUAAACCAGUUGGAAGCUCAAAGCAUGUUAAGUCACCAGUUGGAGAGUUUGAUCUACCUGAACAGGAAUCAGUUCACGUUUCUUCUCCACCUGCCAAAGAAGUUGGAUGUUCAAAGGACGGAUCUUCAUCUAAGGAAUAUGAUAUGUUUGAGAAGGGGCUUCCGGACCAUCUUUCUAUAAGCGCCACAUGGAAGGGAAGCUUUGAGAUCAUGGGCACAACUCUUAUGGAUGGGUCGUACGAAGGAUUACAGGCUCAUCCCCCUCGAAAGGUUCAUGUAAAAGCAGCCAAGGCUUUUAAGGAAAUGCCUAGACUGCUGCAAUUUAAGCUGCAUCCUCGUAGCGAUGUUUAUGUUGAGAAUUUUAAUAGAUUAUGUCCUACUAAGGAUGAUAUUGCCCUUUAUUUUCUCCCUGGAGACGAUGAGAGAUCCACAAAGAACUAUCAUAUCCUUUCUGAUUUUAUCGUAUCGAGGGAUUUGACCAUGCGGAGCUGCUUGAAUGAUGUCGAGUUGCUGAUAUUUACCUCGAAAAAGUUGCCUGCGGAUUGUCAGAAAAUUAAUUCGAAGUUCUAUCUAUGUGGAGUUUUUCGAUCUGUGAAGAAGCACCGUUCUUCUCCGGAACCUUCAGCAAAGAGUCCCCCAAACAACUUUGAUUCUUAUGUUGACCAACCGAAGUGCCGUCCUUCUAGCAAGCCUUCAGAGAUGUGUCGGCAUAAAGGGAAAAACUAUUCCCAAUGCAACAACUAUGACUCUGAUGCUGACCGAGUGAAGCACCAUCCUUCCACAAAAGCUUCAGAGGAACAUCAGCAAAAAGACAAAGACUAUUCACCGUGCAACAACUACGACUCUGAUGCUGACCGAGUGAAGCAUCAUCCUUCCACCAAAACUUCAGAAAAGAGUCUGUUGAAAGACAAGACCCACGAUACUGAUGUUGACAUACCGAGUAUCAUCAGAAGAGACUCAAUGGGAAUCGAUAUGGACAUCGACAUGGUGGGAGGAAAAGAUGUCAGGAAAACAGAUGAAGUCGUACUGAAAUCAAAUUGUGUGGAGAAAAGAAUGCAGGUUGAUGUAAAAAGUACGAAAAAAGUGUGUUCAAAUGUAAUAAAUGCAUCCAAGAGGUCUGACGAUUCAGCAAAGCAGCCUAUAUCAACAAUCAAAAAAGAGCAACCUCAAUGUGAUGCUCCUCCUGGAUUCUCAAGACCAACUAUCCUGGAACCUCCUCCUGGGUUCUCGAGACCAGCUACUGCUGAUGCUGCUAUCUUGGAACCUCGUCCUGGGUUCUCGAGACCAACUACUGCUGAUGCUGCUAUCUUGGAACCUCCUCCUGCAUUCUCGAGACAAGCUAUACAGGCAGCUUUGUUGGAACCUCCUCCUGGUUUCACCAAGCCUGCCAAUGAUUUAAGCUCCUUGAAAAGAAAGCAGAUUAGUUUGGACGCUUCGACAAGCGAGUACUUUCAAGUCUCCCCUGUUCAGCGUCAGAAACACAUACAAGUUUCAGAUUCUCAAGAGUUUUACUCACAAAAUCAUCAGCAGGUCACCGAUCAUUGCCUUCAAAUGCAAUCGGCCAGCAUAGAUCAUAAGCCAGCUGCAGAAAAGGAGAAGAGUUCUGAAUGCAAGAUAGAUGGGGCACCCAGUAGGAUCAACGGAAUCUUGAACAAAGUCCCCAAAAAAGAAGAUGACUGUUCAGAUAGUUUGAUGCUGACUCUCCGGUUCGAUGAUGAAGUAGGGGGAUGGCAAGCACAUUGAUAAGUAAAACACAGAGAGCCAGGUACAGAUAGAAAGAAAUACCAAUAUUCAUACUGCCAUGUAAAUCCUUUUAGAUGUAGUGUUUAGAGAUGCUGAUCCAAAUGUUUUUGAGAUACUGGAUCAGUUAGAGUUUGAAGUUGUUGUUCAAACUUGUAACAGCUUGUAGCAGAUACUCUUCAAGUUUCUCCAGUUCAGUCACUUCCACCUUACUCCCCUGUAGAUCUCACCAAAGAAACAAAAUUGAAUGCAAUGAAUUUUAGUCU